UAUUUAUUUCGCGCCCAACCGCAAAUUUCAAUCACUCUAUAUAAACUUGUGGAUGUCACACUUUAACUCAGUUUAAUUCCUUACAACAAUGCAUGUCACAACGUGUGCACUCAGUGCCUUUAUUCUACUAUUGGUCGCCAUCGCCUUACCCACUACCUUGGGUAAGCGUCGCUUAGCCUCAGCGGACAAUUCAAAUGAGCAACGCGCCUUGCUGGGCGUGCGUCAACAGCCACUAGUAUAUCCUCAGCCACAAUGUAUUUGUUCACCUGGACCGCCGGGUCCCGCCGGACCACCCGGUCAGGCAGGCCUACAAGGUAAUCGCGGGGACAAGGGAGACGAAGGCUUGCCCGGACCAGUGGGACCGCCAGGACCAACUGGACAACGUGGUUUGCCCGGUAGACCAGGUAUUCAAGGUCCAAUAGGACCACCUGGUCGACGCGGUAGACGCGGUUUCCCUGGCGAACGUGGACCUGCUGGACCAAUUGGUCCUGCGGGACCAGCAGGACCACCUGGGCCUCCUGCAGCAGCUGCUGGAGGUCGUUCCUUGGAUAUGCGUGUUGGCGAUAUGCAUGCUGCUUUGCCGGAAUAUGACAUAAAUGUAGAGGUCGGGGACGAAGAUAUUGAUGAUGAUGAAGAGGAAGAUUACACUUAUGGUAGAAAGUGAACAUUGAAAUGAAAUGGAAACGUUAUUGAUUAGCUACUUUGGAAAUUUAUGAAUAAAAUAUUUUGAGAAUAUGCA